AUGAUUCCCAAAAGACUGAAUGAGCCAAUGUUGGGACCCGCUCUCUGUGCGCGGUUGCGCAGCUGCGAAGGCAGUCUGCCCAGCGGUGUGCAAGAUGCCGACUGGAAUAUGGCCCCUGGAAGGCUGACGAACGUGGCUGGGAAAAUUCUAGCGGAUGUGAGAUCAGAGUUAGAACAGGCCGUGAGACGAGCAGAAGAAGCUGAACGAAGAGAGCAAAAACUCCGAGCUACGCUGGACAGCGUCGACCACCACCAAGGGCAAGUUGCUGGCACUCGUCAUGAAUACAGUACGCUGCCGGUGCCUCAGGAGGCAGAGUUGAGAGUUCUGGUGGAGCAGCUUGAGACGGAGAAUCGCUCCUUGGCUCGUAUCAUUCAGGAUAUGCGAACUACUGUUGCGAGCAAAUGUCGGGAGAUAGGGAGGCUAUCAGAUGAGAUAUCGAAACAGAGUCACGAACUCCAGCAAGUACAGCUGGAGAACUUUAUUCUGCGACAGGCUGCACAGAGAUCACGCGAAGCGGCCUGCGGCAGCGGAGGCUCCCGAGCAGCGGAGGCUUCCCAACCGUGUCCGACGCUCAAGCGCACGACAGAAGCGAAAGAUUCCGUCAUCGUCGAAGCACUGAGUACUCGGCUCGCAGAGGAAAACGGUUCGCUUAGGAAGUUGCUACACAAGAAGGAAGCAGAACUCUUCCAACGAGAGACAGAGCUGAGUUUGCUGAGGAACGCAGGAGGGGCAAAUGAUACAGCCACCGUUUCUGAGAGACAGGUGAUUUCGAAGCUCAACAGCAGCCUCACAGAGACACCGGUUAAACUUCGACAGGCAGAACAGACAGUCGAGGAUAUCCAAGUGCAGCGUGAAGCAAAAAUAUGUGCACUGGAGUCGGGAAGGCACUUACCAGUUCAUGACGCCGAAACACAGACAACCCCGGAGAAUCCCCCGUUGUACGCGUUCAGACAAUUUUGCGAGCUGCAGACCCAAGCUGCUUCUGCGCUGUCUCACGACUUUCAACAAAGAUUGGCCGAGCUGGAGCAGGAGAAGAGCGAUAAAACAAUCGAGUUCAGUCGCCUUAUAGACGCGAAAGACAUGCAAAUUGGGCAGCUCUCAGCAGAUAUGGCUGGGGCCCUUGAGCGGCACGCCAUCGAGAGAAGGAAUCUCCUGGGCAGGGUUGCUGCACAGGAAAUACAGCUCCGCACACAAAGGGAGAAGCUCGAUCAUCUGACAGGCAUCCUUGCGGGAUCAAAUUCCGCUAAAGAGGAAGUUUCGAAACUCAGGGAACAUGAGAGAGAACAGCACCAGCAGUUCAGAGCGAAUAUCCAGCACAAAGUUAGAACUCUGGAACAGCAGUUGCAAGUUAAGUCGGAACAGCUGAAAGAAACCAUACAGUCAUUGGAUGUGCUGCAGCGCUUGGUCCGAGCAGCGUCACUUGGCCUUCCUCAUUCAGCCGCUUCCACGCAAGUCUCCCAGGCGGGAACCGACAUGAUUACACCAGUUUUGGAGAUACCGGCAGAGUUCAGUGACAUCUUUGCAACGCCAAAUUCCAUACCUUCAAGUGCGUCGGAUGCGUCCAAUCGAAUCGACACGAUUCCGGAGUGUGAAACGACACUGGCAGCCUCAGAGCCUCACUCACGAGAAGAACUCGGUUGUAAGCGCGAAAAGCACCCUGAGACACUUGCCUUGAGUGAACGUGUGUGCAGCCUCACAGCUGCCUUGCUCGUGCAGUCGCACGCUCUCGGCCUUGCCGAAGCUAGGGCGUCUGAUCUGCAAAAUGAAUGCCGCGAACUCCGGGCUCGAGUGUAUCAGGCAAGCGCGACACACGAAGAUGAAGAGCCAAAAAGCCACCAGUCGGUAAACGAAACGUUUACUCGCGAACGGCUGCGUGCUCUGGAAAGGACUGCCGAGAAUCUCAGGAAUGAAAAUAAUCUAUCUAUGCAGAAAAUUCAGCAGUUAGAGCUAGGCGAGGCCAAGCUUCAAGACGAGUGCAAGCUCCUUCGCGAGGAGCGGCAAACUUGGAAACGCCGACUGGACACCAUUCACCAGGAUCAUAUUGCCCGGGCCGGACGAGAGCGGAAAGAUCAUGAGCAGCUUUUAGAGACGCUCAAGCACCACUUUGACCGACUGCAUCUCUCUGCAACUUACGACCAGGAUAUGACGAAGCAGCGGCGCCUUGGCAGUUCACGGGACGCUGAACAGCCCCCAUGGCCUGCAUGUCUUGACACAGCAUCAGGCGGGCGUGAGCAGGACAAGUGCAUAUACACCCUCUCGUCCGACAGCUGUCCCAGGCUAAUUGAGGCCAUUCAAGAGCUAACGAACGUCGUGGCAAUUGUCGCCACCAAAGAACCGUUGGUGACCAGCGGCGCCUCUCUCGAUAAGGCAGGCUGCAACCACCCUUCUCAGAACGUCUUGUUGGGUUCUAGCGGCGACUUGGGGCUCGAUGUUCGUCCGACAGUUCAGGCGAAAGUUCCCUGGUCUCCGGCCGAGUCUGGCUCUUGUUCUUCGCUGGGCCGUACCGAGGUGCGCACGUGCACUGGAUCGUGCGCAGGAAGUUCGACGGGAGACCUUAGAUACCCGAACGCCAUGGACAUGGAGGUUCCACUGGGAUCCGUGAUUCAUCAACUGUGUGAACUGUUCCUCGCUGUGGGCAGACGACUCGUUACGGCGGAGCGAAGAGCUUCUUUCGCGCAGUUGCUCGGCUCGCUCUGCUACAAGCAGUGGCAGCUCCAAAACGUUCGGGAGGCUGAGGGUAUACGCGACCGCAAUUUGCUUCGCCAGCAGGUCCACGCCCUGCAGAUACAAGUCCGCGCAGAUGAGGCGUCCCAGGCUCGGCUGGUCGCACGGCUCUGCGGCCUCUACCAGCAGCGGUGCUGCGACCUUGAAGAACAGCGAGAAGCCACCUUGCAAGAUCUCCGGUUACACGAAGCAAGAUGUGCCCAGUUAACGCGACGUGUAGAGAAGGGAAAAGAACAAGUGGUUGCGCUUCAGCACCGUCUCUCCUUCCUGCAAGCGUCCGCAAGGGAACGCCAGCUUCUCGCCGAGGCAUCGGCCGAGGAAACGGCGAUGCGGCGACUGGAGCGGUAUAAAAAGGAGAUCAUGGAGAGUCUACUCUCCCAGGCUGGAACAGUCGCCUCGGCAACCGGAGCCGAUGGAGGACACAUUUUUGGACGGUGGAGUCCGACAGAUGGGGAUCUCGUUGAUCGGCUCGCCGACGAACGAAGAGAGCGUGUGGCCAUUCACAUGGCUCUGAAGGAGGCUCAGCGGCAGCAUGCGUUGUCCGAAACUCGUCUCGAGCAAGCGAGGAAGCAAGUCACCGUCAUAGUCGAACUUCUUCGUCACGUCUCCAAGGAUCACGCUGUUGUCCUAGAUGGCGACCUUGUCGAGUCCUCAGAGGAGGGAUACUGCAGAGCUUCCCUUUCCGCUGUUGAGAGGAAGAUCCCGCCGGGGCUUCCGAACCUCGGACCGCUGCAGCCGCCCGAACAGGCAACAACUGGCCUCUCUGGUGUUGCUCCCAUUGCACAGUUGAGAAGCGAGAUCGCCACCUUACGCGAAGUCGCUCAUCAACGCGAAAUGGAUAACGAGCGACAGGAAGUCGCGUUGUCGCAUUCUCGAGUCGAAGCAAAUAUUCUUCGACAACGCAACGAAGCAUUGACCGACGAGAUUCGGGCCUGCCUCACGCAGCUGGACGAAGCCAAGCUCUCUCUGGAAGAAGGCGCUCUUUUGCGAAAGAGACUAAAAGAUGUGGAGCUGUGGGCGAGUCGCAUGAACGAAACGCACCAGGCAGAGAUAACCGCCUUGAGGCGCACACAGAAGUUUCGCCUGCAGCAGCUUGCCGCCCAGAACAUUGAAAAAACGAAGGAACGGCUUCGAGCGGCCGAAGAAGCUAAUCGACAGUUGACGGAACAAAACAGUGGAUAUGAGAUCGCUAUCAAGAAGUUAAAUCUCCAGUUGCAGCGCUUCAAAGAAUCAACAAUGCGACACCUGACCUUGCAAACACACUUCCAGUCGACCCUUGAAGCGUGGCUGACAGGCGUGCCCGACGUUUCGAAUGAACCACAAGCGUCGCGACUGCAGCCUCUUCAGCGAUGGGGACCAAAUGCAGCUCCAAAAGGCGCACCUGGGAAGCAGAUGAGACCUCUAAACCCGCCGGUCGGCUCUCGGCGUCAGGCACUCAGGAACCUCGCUCCAGAUCAGAUUCUGAAACACGGCUAUGUGCCACUGGAUGCCGUCCGUUGCGUUCUCCAGGCGCUCAUUCAGGUGUGCGUCCAGCUAGGCGCAGUGGAGCAAAGUGCGCUCGAGCAGAAGGCGACACCUGAGCCGGCUUCGAUCGUCUCCGCCUCGUCUAGUGGUCUGUUCCUGGAACCACUAUCGAAUCCGAGCGCGACCGCGCAUCUGCAAGCUGUCCUGCAAGGCCAGAGGCUAGUUAUCUUAUGCCUGUAUUCCAGUCUAGUGGAGCGACUUCCGGAACUAGGGAACAGACCAUCAGCUGUGGGCACAACCUUCAGUUGUUCCCCUCUCGCGACGCCGUUCUCAGGUUUUUCAAGCACCGGAACGUCUCGCCUAGUGAGUGCUCUAGACAUUCCUGCUCUCCUGGGCGUCAAAAAUGGGGGCUGUGCGCGCUGUUCAGCUGCAGAUUUAGCCCGGAGAGCCGUGUGCAGGCUUCCUAUCGAGAGAAGGAACUUGCAUGCGGAGCUGGAGUUGGGGGCGCAGCGGCUUCAGGCUCUUUUGCAGCUCUGUCUCCACAACAUCGUGUUCGCCCGGUGCGCCCAAGGAAUGCUUGAAGACCAAAUCGUGGCACUGCAGAAUUCCCCAAGGUGUCUUGGAGAUCAAGCGGCCGCGCCAGCAGAAAGCGAAGCAGCCGGCCUAGGCAAUACGCAAAGGGAAGGGUUUUCUUCGGCCCACCUUUGGAGGACUGGAAGCCCCAGAUCUGCCGAGCACGCAGCAGACUCUCUGUUUGCGUUGAGCCGUGCGCUCUCGCUCCUGCGUUUGAUUCAUCGCGCAGCCGACGAAGCCGUUCCGGCGCUUGAAAAGGCAGAUGCGAUUGCGGAGUCGCUUGCGGGAAAACUUGGGAUCCUGUUUUCGAUCCCCGUGACGAACCCAGAAAGGCGCAUCCUUCCACAAUCCAGUUGCUGGACUCUCCCCAUGUGUGGGCCUUCUCGGGCUGCUUUUCGCUCGCACAGCUGCGCAGACGAGGCCCCGUCAGGUGCGCCAAAUCCUAACUUCCACAGAGCGUCUGCUGUUGUAGUCCAGAAAGAGGGCGUUUUCUCUCGGCCGGCGCCAGCAACGACGAAGCUGACCCCCCUCCACACACUGCCGCCGCGUGCUGCUUUAACGAACCCGCGGAGAACAUGGAAGACAGCAGCCACCGGGAGGGAUUUAUCCGUGGCGCACGUCAGCAAGAAGUGUGGGCGAAGUCCAGAUGCCAGGAGCUCGGCGCCCAGACUUGCUCACUGCUGCGGCAGUCCUCGGCGGCCUCCAAACAGUUGCGAGUUGAGCCGCACGACGCCGAAUGUUUUCCUUUCUCCACGGUACGGCGAGGAGAUCCACACGGCCCGGUCGACGGCAGCAUGCAGUGUCGAGUCGCUGGGGACUUCCAGUGACUCGAGCGCUUCUGACUGUCUCAGCACACGCUAUUGCCAUGACGCCCCGCGCGAACGACGGUUCUGGCCUCACGGCCGCAGUCUCUCCCCCCCUCCCAGAUGCGAGGGAUUGAGGGCGGUCCCUGUUGCCCUCGCACGACGGUCUCCAGCACUGCGGCCGUCUCGUCUCGCCUGCCGUCGAAGCAUCUCGAUGCCUCCAGCAGUUCUCUCUUGCAGCUCCACACGACAUGCUCGAUGCUCGUGCAGCUUACCAGUCUGCGAUGGUGUAGAAAACCGAUCCCCUUUUUCUCGUCGGAAACUCAGCCACUCGCCCAGGGCCCUGUUUGCAGGCGACAACAGAUCAGGUGCUGGGCCGAUUACGCGUCCAUCCUUCAGAUGUGCCUCCUGUCGCCGCGCUGAAAAGCGAUGCAGUUUGCCUCGCACGCCUUCUCCCACGCACUUGGCUCCCAUCAAAGCGCCGUCGUGGGGUUCACACCGCGUCGACAGUCUGCAGAGGCGCCUCAGUCCGUGCAGCGGCGACGAGACCCGGUUGUGGCCUCUUCCGGUGCCUGCCUCUAUCGUCCACCUCGCCCCCGGCCGACCAACGUGGCUGCCUCCGCCGCUUCUCGCCUCGGCGCGUUCGAAAAUCGGGUCCGCCGUGGUCCGGCCCAACUCAAGUCCGUGUAGUAGUGCUGGAGAGAGCGCUCGGUCCCCACAGCGCGUCGCCAGGCGCCAAGAGUCCGUAGGUUCCGCGGAAGAGCCCGGAACACAGCCGCGUAGCACUCCGGACUGGACGCGAGCUUCAGUGGUUGCCCCGCUCUCUCAGGCGAACGCCGAAAACACCGUUUUCUCAGCAAGAGGCCAGAACGCCCCCGCAGCUGGCAGUCGGGAACACAGCGCAUCAGCCACGGCGCCGAGCUGUUCUUUCCCACAUCCGCAGCAAAGAAAGCUGUCGACCAAAAACCUCUCUAGGGCCUGCAGGUCCUCAAGUUGCACAGCAGCCGGUCCCAGCAACUCUCGCGUGGUUUCGGCGCCAGGGGCAGAAGGGUUGUCUAUUCCGUGUCUUCCCCUACGGAAAAGAACAGCGCUGACUGGACGCCCUUGCGGCAGGCCCAGCCCGCCGGCCGCUUCGGAAAAGGCGAUCCUUGCUUGGACAACAUCCAGCGGAGGAGCGAACUCGAGUGGGGCUCUGUCGAGCGUCCAAGACGCUGCCGAUCUGUGA